GAGGAGAGCUCGACUCCUACUUUUUUGUUGGGACUGUGAGGAAAAUUAUCCUGUGGAGGGAGGACGGCGGUUUGAAAAAAGAAAAGCGGAGAAAUUGACAGAAUUAAGCUAAGUUAUAGAGUAUGGUACUACACAAACUUCAACUUUAGCGGAGUACAAUGCAGGCGGACGUGCUUUCCCCGUGAAUUCCUUACUAGGAGGCUUUUUUGUGUGGUCCUGUUGUCCUGCUCCUCACCCAUCAUGCUGAGUUUCCUGCGCAGGACUUUAGGCCGGCGCUCCAUCCGCAAACACGCCGAGAAAACCCGUUUACGAGAAGCACAGCGGGCCACGACACACAUCCCUGCAGCCGGAGACGCAACGUCUAUCAUCACCUGCCGGGUUUCCUUACUGGACGGGACGGAUGUCAGCGUUGACCUGCCGAAAAAAGCCAAAGGUGAAGAACUGUUUGAGCAGAUCAUGUACCAUUUGGACAUUGUAGAGAAAGACUAUUUUGGACUGCGCUUCAUGGACUCUGCACAGGUUCCGCAUUGGCUCGAUGUCACCAAAAGUAUCAAAAAGCAAGUAAAAAUUGGUCCACCAUACUGCCUUCACAUGAGAGUCAAAUUCUACUCUUCGGAACCGAACAACCUACAUGAAGAGUUUACCAGAUACCUUUUUGUGUUACAGUUGAAGCAAGACCUCCUCAGUGGCAAGCUUGAAUGUCCAUUUGACACAGCGGUGGAGUUGGCUGCCUUCUCUUUACAGGCUGAAUUAGGUGACUGUGACCCACUGGAACAUAAUCUGGACUUGGUGUCAGAAUUUCGCUUCAUUCCAGAGCAGACGGAGGAUAUGGAGCUUGCAAUCUACAAUACUUGGAAGGAGUGCAGAGGUCAGAUGCCAGGACUGGCUGAUAUUAACUACCUAAAUAAAGCAAAGUGGUUGGAAAUGUACGGAGUGGACAUGCAUAUGGUCAAGGCAAGGGACGGUAAUGAGUACAGCCUGGGUUUAACUCCUACUGGAGUUCUGGUGUUUGAAGGUCAAACUAAGAUCGGACUCUUCUUCUGGCCCAAGAUAACUCGUCUGGAUUUCAAGAAGAGCAAACUGACCCUGGUAGUGGUGGAGGACGAUGACCAGGGUAAAGAGCAGGAGCACACCUUUGUCUUCAGGAUGGACCACCCCAAAGCCUGUAAGCAUCUGUGGAAGUGUGCAGUGGAGCACCAUGCGUUCUUCAGGCUCAGAGGGCCAGUACAGAAAAACUCUGCGCGCUCUGGAUUCAUACGGAUGGGGUCCCGCUUCAGAUACAGUGGAAAGACAGAGUAUCAGACAACCAAGGCCAGUAAAACAAGGCGGUCAACCUCGUUUGAGAGGAGACCCAGUCGGCGAUACUCCAGAAGAACCUUGCAAAACAGAGGACAUUUCAACACCCAGGAUGUUCUUUCUUCAGGUAAUGGUGUGAGCUCCAACAAAGACAACAAGGUUUCUUCUAGCAGAGGCGCCUGGUCUGGCAUGCCUGUGGUGAGCCCGGUAGCAGCGUCAACCUGUGGGCCAAUGGAAAUCGAAGCUUUACCCAGAAGUCCCGGCGGAGAAAAACGAGGCUUGCCCGCAGUUGCUGACCUGAUGGAGACGUGCAUUGACGACGUCCUCAGGGCUUCCGUAGUUCCUCCCAUCAUAGCUGCAGAAGAGGUUGGACCUUGUGCUGCUUACGCCGCUGCCAGCGUACCUGCAGAAGAUCCUCUCAGUCUUGCUGAAGCAGCAGCUCGUUUGAAGCAGCUGGAGUUGGAGAGCAGCCCACUUCCUGCUACCCCAAGAAAUAAUGUCAACAUUAAUGUGGCCAUGAACAACCAGGACGACGUGGUGAAGCUCACAGAGAAAUGCGUUCUGAACAGUGCAGGAAGUAGUCCAGUUGUCACUCCGCUGCGCACCCCAGAGGAUCUCAAGAGCAACAUCCUGAAAGCUCAAGCUGAAGCUGCUGCUCUGAAGGGGCAUCAGGAGGAACUUAUGAUGGCUGGUGACAAGAACUGUAACUUACAGGAAACCUCUGCAAGGUUGAAGGUUCGUACGGGCCCAAUGGGCAGUAAUUCGUCUCUUUCUGUUAGCAGCCGACCAGACCCCCAAGACUCCUGGGACCUGCUGAGGCCGGCCUCACUAGUCUCCUCUGCAGCUGCCAGUGCAGAGAGGUUGGCAGAGGACUUGAACUCUUCUGUUCCCCAGAUUCCUGCCGUCAGUGAAGGCUUGGCACCAAAGGUUAAAGCAGAGGAAUUUGAUAUUCAGAACGUUGGUGUUCUCUCUGAGAACCUGAUCGACUUCACUGAUCCGACUCCUCUAUUGCCACCUCUGCAGCAUCCCAAACCUCUCAUCACACCUCGCUGGAUCAUUCCUGCAUCAGCUCAGCCUGCUGGCCUCUUUACAAACGGGCUGAUUGACAUGGAGACUUCGCCUAAGGUGGUUCCUCUCCUCCCCCCUGCUGAUGGGGGAGCAGUUCUCCCAUCGGCUCCUGCUCACCUUGCUCACCCACAUAACGCUCUCUCUUCAAGCGCCGACAUUCAGCCGCCCGUCAUGGAGGACGGAGCCAAACCCAGAGGCCUCCUGACCACCGAACUCUGAUGAAGUCUCCUCUUCCAGACCGUUUCCCCACAAACUGUGGCAGCUUCAAAGCAACACGUUUCACAUGAACUACAAUCACUUUCACCAUAGGAUGAAUUCUAUUUUUUACAAACAUGCAGCAUUAUCAUCUCAACCGCAUGUGAUUAUUUAGUUUUUUUAGGAGGGGGUUGAUCUGCCUGCCGCUUAACUGAAUCCAUCCAAGCUGAUCAGAUCUCCUCUAACGACGUCAGUAUCUUCAAGUUGUGUUUGUGAAGGUGGAGUUAUAACCUGAAAACAAAAGAGACACAAAGUGUUAGAUACUUAAGGUUUUCAUUGUAGCCGUGGCAUUUGGUACCGCUGGACCUCUGAGCUGCUCCAGGACGUCAAGCUGAACCUCGAAAGUCCACUUUUGAGUUUCUCUAGCACUGGAUACUAAAGCUUCACUGGAUUUUCUUUGCAACACUGGACUUUUCAGAGAAAGUUGGUUUUAUAAAUAUGUUUUACUGUUACAUUUUUGUUUUAAAAUGCCCAUUCCAGGUUGUUUCAGUGGCAUAGAAAAUAGCCCUGCAUAAUUUUUUUGAAUCCAGUUUAGUAAGCUUCAUCAUAACCACUAAUAUUAAGUUUUAUUUUAUUGUUUUGAAUUAAAGUUUCUUCCCCUUCUUUUGAAUCCACAUUUUUCAUACAUCAGGCACGCUUAUUUUAGCUUCUAAAUCGGGCAUCGAAAUGCCAAAAGCGAAAGCUGUUGACAAGCUGUGACGACGGGACUGCGUGGACUUGACCUCUGUCUUAACAUGUUGUAGCUUCUCUCAUGCCUUAUGUAAAUUGAAUGUAUUCGACACGUGUCAUCUAAGAAUGCUGGAAAUGCCGCAUUUCAAAUAUGUUUCUGUCUGAUGCCGUUUAAUCCACAAAAGCUGAAGUAGUCUGCUAAGGAGAAACAAAGUGUGAAAUUUCUUAAGGCUGAUUUUGUAAACAGCGAAAGUUAGACCGUUGGAGACACAAGGUUUUGGGGUGUAGCGGUACAUAAAUCAGAGCUCUUUGGUUUUUGGUUGGACUGCAAAAAAAAUUAUAUUUUCGCUUCUUAGAAAUGGUAAACAACUAUCUUGCAAACAAAGAGAGAAAAAAUAACUAUAGAUUAGCAACAAGGCAUCAUUUGUGUACUGGUAAAUUUCUAAAAUACAAAGAUACACUUUCUUUAAAAAUUCAGUUUGAAUUAAAUGCUAAAAGGUCAUGCCUUAAGUUAAAAUCUAAUAAAGUAACAGGGUUCGUACUUCGUCUCGGAAAGUGUAAAAUUUGCUAUUGUCAUUUUUUUUUGUCUAGAUAAGUAUGGAUUAAACCAUUUUUCCAAUAAUAAAUUCCUUUUUAUUAUCCAAGGGUUUAGAUUUUAUGCAUCACAACUUGAGUGUUUUUUCAAACUCAUUGGCCAUUUUGCUUCCUGAGAACCCACUAAUAAAUACACAAUAACUUAAAAGGUCAAACUGGGGUAAUUUUGUUGCUUUUUUUUUGCUGAUAAGGGUUUUAAAAUGGCCUUGUGGCUCAUUAAAUAGCUCUCAUAACAUUUAGAUGCCAAAGAUUGCACUAAAGCUGUUACUUUAUGAAUAUUUACAAAAACAAUAAACAUAAUGACACUUUAGAGAAUAUCUGUUUACUAUAAAAGAAUCCUAUUCUGCUUUUUAAGGUCUAAUCUUUCUGAGUGGUGAAUAAGAUUAAUCCAACAAAAAAUAGUGAUUUAGCCCUUCACCUCACUGCUGAGUUAAUGGCCAACUUUAGUUUAAGUUGCUUAUUGAGUUCAACAAUAAAUAUUAUAUUAAACACCAAAAAGUACAUGUUUUCUGCUAAAAAUUCCUUUAAGAAAUUAAAGCCUGGAAAAGUACAGACGUUUUUUUUUAUAUGAUGUGUAGGAACCCUGAUGAGUAUCUCUGUUUUUACAAAUAUCCAACAAAUCUUUCUGAAGACUUAUUUGUGCAAAAGCAAAUAAGUGGCUGGGUCAUUAAUAUAUGGCAAGCCAUUUUGUCUUUUAAUCAGAAAUGAACCUCCCUUACCACUUUUUUGGUCCUCCUUGCCUAUUAUAAAUUAAAUUUCUUGACAUAAAAGAGGUUUAAUGGCCCACAAAGUAAAUGCACAAUUAUGACCAUACGACUUGCCAUAUUUCCAACACUUGCUUCUCACUGCUGCAGUACACAAAACAGGAUGUCUGCUUUAUACCAAAACAAAGCAGUUUUGUGUUUAGCCAUUCUUCCAUUGGUUUCGGCAUGACUUGCUAUAGAUGCUAGCCAAAUUUCCUGACUUUCUGUUUUUGCGUUUAAAGCAAUAAAAACAAAUGGCUGCACCUGUUUCUACCUGAAAGCGGAGGUCACCUGUAACUGAAUGAUCCUUCCAUAUGCUAGUGUAUUUCAGAUACAUGUAUCGCUACACCCUGCAAAGUAUUGACACGGACUCUUUUUUUUUUUUUUUUUACUUUAGUAACUCACUCCAGUGAUGUAUAGUAAUUAUCCAGAUGAUAAAACAGACAAAUGUUUUAUAUUGUUUUACUCUAGCAGGUGUAGAUAAUUUAUACUCAGCAAAUUUUCAAACUUUGUGUUAUCUAAGAAAUGUCGUAGCAAAUGGUUAUGGCUGUAGAUAUAAAGUCGAAUCAUAUAAAGUACAUAUAUUUUUUGAAACUACAUAUAGUACAGUUGCUACAGAUCUUUGGUGUUUCUAACUGAAAAGUAGUAGCAGACGUACAAAACUGGAAAAACAACUCGCGACAUCUCAAAUGCUACAAACCUUCUGUUCAGUAUUAUUGGAUCAUGAUUCAGUAAAACCUUGUCACAGGAGAAAA